GACCUCUGGAAGCGGAGAGGCGGCGGCGGGAGCGGCGGCGGCCGCGGAGGUGGCAGCAGCUCGAGCGGCAGCAGUUCCGGGGGAACAUCGUCCGGCGGGUCGACCGGAGGUACCUCGGGCAGCUCCGGCGGCAGCUCCGGCGGCAGCUCCGGCUCCAGCGGCGGCGUUUCUGGAGCUGGCAGAGGCGGUUCGUCGUCCACGGCGGGCGGCAGAACCACGACGGGCAGCGGCCCACCGCCUGCAUACGGCGGCGGACGGUACUACGGAGGCGGCGCCGCGCAGCCGUACAAGUCCGGAGCCACCUCGGCGUCGGGUAUCAAGCCCCUCCUAGUCGGCGGGCUGGUCGGCGGCGCCGUGGCGCUCGCCUUUUGGCCUGGCAUCUGGGCGCACAGCGUCUACCUGUACCCGUACUCGCACCCGCACAACUACUACAACGCCUCAUCUAAGCUCAACGAGACGAAGCCCGUCGUCUGCGGCUGCGACGAGUUUUCCGAGUGCGGCUGCGACGAGAACGGCAACUCGACUUACAUGGACGACGUCCUCGGCAACGGCAGCUACGCCGGCCUCAACCAGUCGCUCGUCACCGUCGGCAACUACGAGGGCAAGGAGACCAUCCUCAUCAACGGCACCCUGCCCAACGGCACCACGGCUGCUGGGGGCGACGAGGACCCCAACAACAGUGCCGGCGCCGGUUUCCGCAUGCUGCUGGAGAAUGCCGGCUGGUGGCCCGUUGUCGCGACUGUCUGUGGCAUGGUG